AUGGGCAGCCUCCUCUUCUGCCCCAAUGCCUCGCGCGCGCUGCUGAGGUCCGGCCUCGCACCCAGGGGACUGCCAGCCCCGUCUCUGCUGUCGACGGCGCCCUCGCGAUGGCUCUCCACCGCCCGCGCGUGCCAGGCCCGGACGCCCCAUGCCCUCCGCCGCGGUAGGUGGCAUGCCUCCAAGGUGCCGACGCACGCCCCCGCUAGCCAUCGUCUCGGCCCCCAUCGAACUAUCUUCUCCUCGGCAAAGAUCACCAAGGAGAUAUUCGGACCGGGCUUGAGUGCCCAAGAGGCUAAUGAGCUGCUGCGGAUCCUACACGGACGAAGAGUCGCUGGGACCCUCGAGGAUCCGGCCUUUGCCAUCCACACGGCGCAGUUUACCCCCGAGCAGGUGGCCGCGGGGCUCGCCUACCUGCGCAAGACGGUGCCGGUCGACGAGGUUGUCAAUGCCGGACUGAGGGCCGAGGACGAGCUGGAGCAGUUGGAGCGGGAGCAGCAGCUGGAACAGGAGAUACAGAAGAACAAAAAGAGGGUGGGCGAGGCCAAAGAUAUUGGGGAAGCCUCGGCGACAGCCUACAAACCGGACCCGGUCUACGGCCGCAGCAUGCUCGACGAGAUCCGGGCACGCAACAUUGCCAAGCGAAAGGCCAAGGAAAAGGCCCUCGGGGAAGAGCGGCAGCGCGCUGAGGAAGAAGAAGAGGUCGCUGGGCCCCUUGCCGAGGCACAAGAGCAGACGCGCCUGCCUACGAACCCGAUGAUUGCCGAGUACCACAAGGAGGCACAGUCGGACCUGGAGGCGCCGCCCGAGAUGAAGGCCUGGGAACGCAUCCUGCCGUCGGCAACGGCGGUGGUGCUGGUGCUGGGCUUUCUGGCGGCCGUGUGCACCGUGUACGAGGAGCCAAUGCCGCGGUUCAGGCUGCUGCGGGACAUUCCGGCGUCGCAAGCCACGGUGGGAGCCCUCAUAGCCGUCAACGCGCUCAUCUGGCUGGGGUGGAGGGUGCCGCCGCUGUGGUCGCUCUUCAACCGGUACAUGAUCUUUGUGGUGGCGACGGUCAAGCCCGCGACGCUCUUCACGGCGCCCUUCUCGCACAAGUCGCUCCGGCACAUGUUGAUCAAUAUGGUGCCGCUGUGGCUGGUGGGCACGCGGCUGCACGAGGAGAUGGGGCGUGCCGAGUUCCUGACGCUGUACGUGGGCUGCGGCGCCGUGGGCUUUCUGGGCAGCCUGGCGACGUACACGCUACGAGGCUGGCUGACGGUGACGUCGUUGGGGGCCUCGGGGGCGACGCUGGGGCUGUGCUCGGCCUACUUCUGGGAGCACCGGAACGACGGGUUCCGCAUGUUUGGCUUGCCGCGCGACGGGGUGCAUGGCAUCGUGUUCCUGGCCCUGCUGGUGGCGAUGCAGUUGGCGAGCCUGGGGACGACGGCGCGGUUGCAGGUCGACCUGGCCUCGCACCUGGCGGGCAUGGCAACGGGUGUCCUGGGCAUGGAGCUGAUAUCGAGGAACGGCAGCGACCGAGGCAAGGGAGGCGACGGGGCCGGGGGUACGGAGCUCUUGUCCGUCACGACUGAGGCCAAGGCGGACCGGGCCCGACAGAAGAUGUGA